GCAAAAUCCUAUUGUUGUGCUCCAGAUGGUAAAACUCGGCCCAGCAGAGAUAAAUAUGGCCAGAAAGGACUAUUAUCUCCUGUUUUCUUCUUCUUCUGCAUUCCCUUAGAACCUACACUAGCAAGGUUAUUCGGGUUCAUCAUGCUCCCCUCCCAUCUGUACGGAGGGCUUCUAUGCUCUCUAGCCGCUGCUACCGAGGCUCUCGUUCACGAGAAACUGGCCGCGGUGCCAAAUGGCUGGUCUUACAUCCAGAAUGCGGCUGGUGAGAACUCGAUCCUCCUGUCUAUCGCCCUGGCCCGCACCAACCUGGAGCAGCUGGAGUCCAUUUUACUGGCCCGCGCUACCCCCGGUCAAGCCCAGUAUGGCCAGUGGAUGGAGCAGUCCGAAAUUGAAUCCCAGUUCCCCCUGGUCAGUGACGAGUCGGUUGUCAACUGGCUGAAGGAGGCCGGUGUCACCCAAAUCGCUCGCCAAGGGGGACUGGUAAACUUUGCUACCGAUGUGAACACGGCGAAUAAGCUCCUCAACACCACGUUUGCUGUGUAUCAGAAUGGCGCCAUUGCCAGGGUGCGCACCACGCAGUACUCGAUUCCUGACGAGCUCCGCGACUCCGUCGAUCUAAUUUCUCCUACGGUUUUCUUUGGCAAAGAGCAAGGGGAGGUCUAUUUAACUCCCUUGCCACGCGAAGCCUCGAACAACAGCUCGGGCUCCUCGUCCUGCACCAAUGUCAUCACCCCAGACUGCUUGAAGGGCAUGUACAACUACGGGGACUAUACGCCCAGUGUCUCAUCCGGCAGUCGAAUUGGAUUUGGAAGCUUCCUGAACCAGUCGGCAUCCUACUCGGAUCUAGCUGUGUUCGAGAAAUUAUUCGGCAUUCCAUCGCAGAACUUUACUGUGGAGCUGUUUGAUGGUGGAAUCGAUGACCAGAACCCCAACACGGCUUCUCUCGGCGAGGCCAACCUGGAUGUACAGAAUAUUGUGGCUGUCAGUCAUCCUCUCCCUGUGCAUGAGUACAUCACGGGUGGAUCGCCGCCCUUCAUUCCGAAUGUGGAUGAACCCACUGCGGCUGACAAUCAAAACGAACCCUAUCUGCCCUACUAUGAGCAUUUGCUCUCGAAGCCUAAUUCGGAGUUACCCCAGGUCAUUUCCAACUCUUAUGGCGACGAUGAGCAGACGGUCCCUGAGUACUAUGCCCGCCGCGUUUGCAAUUUGAUUGGUUUGAUGGGCUUGCGCGGUAUUACAAUUCUCGAAUCAUCCGGUGAUACAGGCAUCGGCGCCGGUUGUCUCGCCAACGAUGGCUCCAACAAGCCCCAAUUCACCCCCCAGUUCCCGGGAACCUGUCCCUUCAUCACAGCCGUUGGAGGCACUCAGUCCUACGGUCCCGAGAUCGCCUGGAACUCUAGUUCCGGCGGGUUUAGUAACUACUUCCCUCGCGCCUGGUACCAGGAAGAUGCAGUUGAGGACUAUCUAAAAAAGCACAUCACCAAGGACACCAAAGAAUACUACUCGCAGUACACCAACUUUAAAGGCAGAGGAUUCCCUGAUGUUGCUACGCACAGUUUCUAUCCUCCAUACGAAGUCAUCUACUACGGAAAACGCUAUGGAUCCGGUGGUACCUCUGCCGCCAGUCCCGUUUUCGCGGGUAUUGUCGGGAUGCUGAAUGAUGCUCGAUUGAAGGCAGGGCGGCCGACUUUGGGCUUCUUAAACCCACUGCUCUAUGCCAUUAACUAUGAAGGCUUCAAUGAUAUCACUGCCGGUAGCUCCGUGGGCUGUGAUGGCACCAACCCCCAAAGUGGAGACAAGGUGGUGGGCGGAGGUAUCAUCCCUUAUGCUCAUUGGAAUGCCACCGAAGGCUGGGAUCCUGUUACAGGUAUUGGUAUUCCGGAUUUUGAGCGGUUGAAAGCGAUUGUAUUAUCACUCUAAAUAUCCGAUACUCUCAUCUAUCCAGAUAUUAGACGCAGACAUUGUGGUGGACAAAAGAAACUAUGCGGUCGGAUAUAGCUAGCCGUGCCAAAAUAGAAUACUUUAUAGCUGCAGCUACUAAAUGAUAUCCAC